AUGUCUUCACUUUUGAAACAAGCCGAGGAACUUGUUAAGACCUAUCCUGUUGAAGCAGAACAGAUAUAUAAGAAAAUUCUUGCACAAAAUGCUGGAAAUAAUGAUAAUUUGGCACGGGAUCAAGAACUUGCUCUUGUCAAGCUCGGUGAACUUUAUCGGGAUUAUAGAAAACCCAAUGAUUUAUCAAAUUUGAUACGUUCUUCCCGAACUUUUAUGGCGUCAAUCGUGAGAGCAAAAACUGCUAAAAUCGUAAAGACGUUGAUUGAUCUGUUCUCCGAAAUUCCCGAUUCACUACCUCUCCAAAUCGAAAUUUGCAAGGAGACAAUUGACUGGAGCGUACAAGAAAAGCGAAUUUUCUUAAAACAAUCUUUAGAGACUCGUUUAGUAGCUUUGUAA